UUUAUUAAAACCUUCAUGCGAAAGGAACUCUACUAAAAAUGAGACUCGCUGUGUUUUCGUGGAUUACUUGGGCAAUGCUUUGGAGCAUCGCAGAGGCUCAGGCCCAAGUCCCAGGUCAACCCGAGGCUAUAGGUGCCGCCCAAGGGGGCCUGGGUGCAGCAGCGGGGGCGGGCGGACAACUUGGAGCCCACGGCGGCGUAGCGUCCAAAGCCGUUGAGGACGGGCCUGGAGCUGGGAUGGACGCCGGCAUUGGAGUGGGUGCCGAGAUGGGUGCCAGUGCACGUGUUGGAGGAUCUGGCGGUAGACGCUAGAGACGACACUUCAGUUUGACAUUUCAUAAGCUUACUAUGCUUUUUGUUCUGGCCGUUAACACUUGUGCAUUGGGAAAUUACUACGAGAAAAAGGGGGCCGACAGUACAGAGCUUGUGAUUAAUUACCGCUGGUUUUAAAUAAUGCCCAAUUUUGUUUAUCGCACACUCCGCACAGUUGUCGGCGCCAGAUUUUGUUGGAGCUCAGUGUCAUAAUUGAUUUGAAAUCGCGGUGCGUCGCCACGUAAUGGUCACACACACUCUGCAAAUCGGCUCACUUCAAAUGAAUGCGAAUCAAAUCAAAUACGAAUCGCUUUGGCAGUUUAAAUUCCAUUUAAUUCCUCUUUAUGAAAUACACCUCAAAAUCUUCCGAUUGUAUCGCAGGUGUGUAUGCGCCUGGAGGCAAAAACAGAAAUAGAAAACUCAUGAGCGAAUGUUAAAAAUAUCAAAAGAAUUUCCAA